AUGGAUGGAGAUACCGCCUUCUGCAGACCAAAUUCGACAGAGGAAGCGCAGUCGUAUCUGGGGUAUGCUCAUGUGGACACCCCCAACUUAGGGCCGUGGAUUGUAUAUGCAGUUUCGUUUGCUUUGCAUUUGACUGCUACCAUGGCAUUCAACGACAGGAUCAGCAUAAGCAUUUUGCGGCAUUGUUCUUUGCAGAGGGUGAAGGACUCCGCAAAGAAUGCAUGGACCAACAUCGGUGUCACCACUUCCCUAGUCCUGACGACCGUCAUCGGUGCUCUCAUUGAGGGCCACGAGAUCACUCCGCAAGGUUAUUGCAUUGGAGAUUACCAAAUAUUUCAAAUCCGCCAGAUAUACGUAGCCUUGUGCUUGACAUGUUUUUUUGCAAACAUAAACUGCAUUUUCUUCUGUGUGUUGACAUUAUUCCACUGGGAUUCGUUGACAGAUGCAGAUGCUAUCGAGUUCUUGCGGCGCAACCCACAAAUUCUGGGAGAGACGGUCAUCUACAUGAUGGAAUCUUACUUGUUUUUCGUUCUAGCCAUCGCAGCCUGGCUUUAUGGCACAUAUGGUCGCCCGAUUGUAUUUGGGACCUUCGCAGCUCUUGUUAGCAGUGCGCUCGCCAACACGGCACGUGUCUGGUGGAAUUUGGCAUCAUUCGACCCCAAAGCACCAAGACGGCCAAGGCGACGAUGGCGGCGAAUGGGACAACGUUGGCAGCAAGUUUUGGAUCAAGUGUCGGAACAUGAACCGAAGGAAUCCAUUCUUGAAGCUGCUCCAGCCAAGAGCUCCGUUCGCGACGAUUCAGAAAGCGAUGUAUCUCAUGAGGCCACCAAUCGAGCAACAACCGAUGCCAGCACUCCAGCUGUGCAGCGGACAAUCUCAGGCGGAUCGUCUGAGAAACACCUGACAUGUUGA